AUGGGGCACAAAUUUAAUCAUUCUCUACAGUCAACAACAACGCAAUGGUCUUCAUUGUUUUUUUUAAUAUCAAAGGAUUUUAGAGUUUUGAUUGCUUACAAUCACAAGGGAAAAAUUGAAUCUUACCAUCGUUUUUCUCUGCUUCAAAAUUCAACCUUGAGGUUUCGAAAACAGAUGGUACACAUAAAAAGCAUCAGAAGUUUUAUUAUAAGCAAACGACCGAUUCAAAGAUUUAUUCUACAUAAUCAAGAACCUGAAGCAAAAAGCAAAUCACUGAAGGAUUAUGGUUUUCAAGUAGAGAAACAAAUUCCCUUUGUUGUGUAUUAUUUUAAAUGA